CGGCCGCCCGGCGUACGUGGUCAGCAUGAAAGACGCCGGGCAGGCGUUACCCCGUUCUAAACACGCGUAGUUGGAGUACUGACUGUGGUGUGGGUGAACUCUGGUGCUUGGGUCCGAUUCCUUUAACCGAAACACAUGGAAAGCGUGCGCCGUCAGCCUGGCUCGGUGCCGCCGGGCAAGGCCAGGGCACAAGUUCCAGACCUCCGGAAACCCGAAGACCCUCGCUUUCCCCUCUCCCGCUCCGCUAUUCCACACUCGACCGUCGCCAAUCUGCAAGCUAGGGAGACGGACGCACGCCGACGAGGGGCUUUCUAGUAGUUUCAGGUGAAACCCCUCUUGCGUGCGCAGCCCCUCGCCCCCCCAGAGAAGCUACUCUCGGGGAGGCACAACAGCCCCGCCAAACGCCCCCUUGUCAAAACCAGUGGCUUAGGGGCAGCGGCCCCGCAGGCCCCUCGGAGGCCCGGGGAGAGGCCGCGGCGCGUAGGGGGCGCCAGGGUGCGUGGAGCGGUCGCUAACGCGCACCAAUCACGGCGCAGCUCCGCCCUAUAAAUACGCGGUGCGCGGGCGGCUGGCGUCUCCCUGUGUUGCAGGUCUCAGUCCACUGGACUUUUAGCUGUCGCUGUUCGCCAUGGCUGAGACGGCGCCGGCCGUGCAGGCUGCAUCCGCUGCCCCCGAGAAGCCUGCGGCUGCCAAGAAAGCCAAGAAACCCGCCAAGGCGGGAGCCGCUGCCUCCAAGAAGAAGCCCGCGGGCCCCUCGGUGUCGGAACUCAUCGUGCAGGCCGUCUCCACCUCCAGCGAACGCAGCGGGGUGUCGCUGGCCGCGCUCAAGAAGGCGCUGGCGGCCGCCGGCUACGACGUGGAGAAGAACAACAGCCGCAUCAAGCUGGGCCUCAAGAGCCUGGUGAGCAAGGGCACCCUGGUGCAGACCAAGGGCACCGGCGCCUCGGGCUCCUUCAAGCUCAACAAGAAGGCGGCGGCCGGCGAGGCUAAGGCCGGUGCCGGGAAGGUGGUGGCGAAAGCCAAGCCGACGAGCGCUUCCAAGAAGCCCAAAAAGGCCGCUGGGGCUGUGGCUAAGAAGGUCGCGAAGUCUCCGAAGAAGGUGAAGAAGCCGGCGGCGGCGGCCAAAAAGCCCUCCAAGAGCCCCAAGAAGCCCAAAGUCGUCAAGGCUAAGAAAGUGGCUAAGAGCCCCGCCAAGGCCAAGGCGGUGAAGCCCAAGGCGGCCAAGGCGAAGGUGACGAAGCCGAAGACGGGUGCCAAGCCCAAGAAGGCAGCACCCAAGAAAAAGUAAAGUCCUGGUUGGAAGCUGCUUCCAGUAACCCAACGGCUCUUUUAAGAGCCACCCCACCUCUCAGUUAAAAGCUGUAUACACGGUCGUCGGGUCGCAGGUUGGGUCCCCGUGCUGGCAUGCACCCUUAGGAGGGUGGUAUGGGGGGUUCCUGGGUCUCGGGAGGCCUCGCCAGAUACACCUGAGGACACCACGGCGAGUUCAGGUGCACCAAGUUUGGGUACCUCUGCCCUCCCAAUUGGCUACCUUGUUAGCACUCACCUGAGCAAUCCCAUACCCCAGGGCUGGUUCUGUGGUGUAGUGGGUUAAACCGGCUGGCAUCCUACUCCCUGCUAAUGGCCUGGGGAAGUGUCCCAGGUGCUGCCUUGGCCCAUCCCAGGACCGCUGAACCAACAGGUGGGAGCUCCCCCGCCCAAGUAGUGAGCCACUUGUUACUUUUCAGCCUAAGCUCCCAUGGCUCCAGAAAAAGCAUCAAAGCUGCAUG